ACCUGUUCACAUCCUCCCCACUAGGAUACACAGACGUGUUGCAAAGACAUUUGGCAAACACAUGCAGUCUAAACUUUAACAUUUCUUUCACCAUGGCGGGACCAAAAAAUCUACUGCUGCUGCAGCUCCUCUUGACUGUCCCUGUCACAUUAUAUAGUGCAGAAGAAACCAACACAAGCCAAACCACCAUCGCUGUCACUUCUCCGUUCAACAGCUUCACCCUAAACCUUAAUGAUACAACUUCACCAGCGACAGUCUCAGAUUCAGUACAAAACAGUACAAAAUCUCCAGAGAGCAAUACCAGCAAUACUUAUCCCACGUCCAGUAGCCCUGCAAACAGUACAUACAAUGCCACAGAAUCAACAAAAUCGAGUACAAUAUUUAUUCAGAAUAAUACCAGCACAUACAGUACUGUGAAACCUGAAAAGACCACAUCCAACUCUAUAGCAGAAUCGACAAUAGACCAUUCCGAAAUUACCAGCCUUGUGUUUCCGACAUACAGUACUCUGAGACCUGAAAACAGCACAUCCAAUUCUACAGAAUCCCAGAUAUGGAGAGACUUCACAGAAAACCCUGGGCUGGUUGCUGUCAUUUCUAUAUUUGUCGCCAUUCUCUGCAUUAGUCUUGUGGUGGUGAUAGUAAAGUCGUGCCAAAAUAGAGGGCCACAAUUCAAGAGACUGGAUGAAGUGCCAAUGAAUGGCAUAAAUGAAGAAUCUCCAUUUGCCCACUACCCGCCAAAGUGAAUCUGCCUCUUUAUGGACACUGAUAGGAUCACCCUGCUUCUGAUCAGAAGAUGUUUUGCUGUUUAAAAUUGUCCAUUUACUGUUACAUAAAAUGUAAUUUCCACAGGCUUUGCUUUUGUACAUGUAGCACAUAAUAAUUGAGGAUAACUGAUUAAACGCUACCCACACCAUCUUAGAAAAGUAAUGAAAUAUGUAGAUGAAAGAUUCAUUA